UCUUCCUCCAGUGAACCGCCGACCGUUGCAAGAAAUCGACGCGCGUUAACACCACGAACUAAUCAACUCAUUGGUGAUACAUUGUGCCUAUAUCAACUUUUACUUUCUUAAAACUAACUUUUCGAACGAAAAGUUAGCUUUUAUCGAACAGUGCCUUCGCCUUGAAAGUUUCUUGUACAGAAAAGUGUUACUUAAAGUUGUGCUUUACAGGAUUUGUUGCGUGCUUUUAACGGAUCGAUCGGUUCUUGUUGUGGAAUCCAGUUUGGUUGGUGUGACAGUCAAGCAGAUUAAAAACACAAAGAUAUUCAACAAUGACAUAGGAGCCCCGACAAAAUGGCGUUGCGACUCAAGAAGGAUAUAAAGAAAGCUUCAUACUACGUGUGGUUCCUCGGCGCGCAGGAAUCGCGAGGACUCAGGGGGGAGGAGUUCGCCAUCCCCGCUAUACGACUGCUGGAGGAGAGGGCCAGAGACUUGGAACCUUUUAAGGUUACGCUACAGGUAUCCCACAAAGGUCUCAAAAUCAUCCAGAAUGUGACAUCGAAAGGCAAGCAGCAGACCAUCAAGCAUUUCAUCCCUCACGGCAGCAUCACUAGCGCCGUGGUGCAAGGAGACGUUGUUGCGUGCGUUCUCCUGCUCUACAACCCGAUCACUGGCUGUCCCGUACACGUGCAUGCGUACAGAUGUGACUCGGACAACACCGCGGAAAUGCUGUUCACACACCUGCAGGCGCUCAUCGAACGCCCAGAAAACCAGAAAAAGUUCGCCGACAUAGAGAGAAAACUGCAAAUGAGAGGAGCAUUGCCUUCGAAGAAACCACCAGAUUCCUCCCUCGGCAGCGAAGUGUCCAGAGAAUCUGACUCCGGAAGCAAUGAAGACAGAAACGUUGCCAACCUCUACGACAGUUUGGCUGCAGAGUUGAAGCAAAAGUUGUCUACAGGUAAAAAGGCUAUAGGCAAAAGUCCAAUCCUUCUACCACCACGUGACUACGACACAGUCCACCGUCAGAAGGGCAACCUCAACAACAUCGACACCAGAAGAUGCCUUAACCAGAACAUAGUCGGAAUCAACGCUCGCCGCAAGCUCGAGUCUUCAGGAGGAAGCUCUGGUAUCGGAAGCGAUCUGGCACCUUCGCCAGAACGAAAUGAGUACCCCAGACAUGAUAAUCACAGUACAAGUGAGGAGGACUGGGCCGAAAGCACCGCUUACUUGAUGCACGAAGCUUUCGACGCAUCCCCGCCACGUCGCGCCCCUUCGCCCCGCCGCUUAUCACCGCCCCGUCGUACCCUUUCUCCGCGCAACUUUGACCGGACUCCUUACAACGAUGACUACAAUGACCAAUACAGAGACCAACUUGCUCCCUUCCGUGAUCAGGCCACGUUCGAACGUCGCUUCCGUCACGAAUCUCUCGAACGCCCCAAGGAGAAGUUUGCAAACUCCAUAGAUAAAACCGAUAAAUUCGAUGAUGAUACGCCGAACUACCGGCGAAGAUACGUGCCUGAAACGAAACAGUCAAACCGUAACAUAGAUCGGACUGAAGACCGAAGAUACGGCAAGCUCCAGAGAGGAGCCAGUGAGGGCAGUCUCAAAGUCGCUGACACUUCGCCUAAAGAACGCUUCAACGUCGCCAAGGAAAAGUUCAUGAACUUGGAACGAGAGCGUUUCAACAGAGAACUCGAGGCUCACAUGGCUAUCAGGAGAAGUAUGCUCGAAAGGAACAGUCGUUCGACUUCUUCCCCGGAGGAGGAAAGAAGAGAUGAGCGUCCAGAACGUCAAAGGGAAUCUGGCUCUCGUCGUGAAAUCGACCGGCCUCAUCGGGAAACAGAGCGACCUCAUCGGGACUUGGAAAGAUCUCACAGGGACCCUGACCGGCGCAAAGACGAUAGGAUCCGCGAUUUAGUCCCCACAGAUUUAGGGCACAGAGAAAUAGAAAGACUUCCAAGAGUCGGUCGUAAGCGUGAAGACUUAAAGAGAUACGAGUACGGAACAGAGGAGUACCUGAAUAGGAUCGAGCCGAAAGAGCACAGAGAUGAUUUCGACCGCUACAGGGAAAGAAGAGAACUCGAUCGUCGCAUUGAAGAAGAUGAAAUAAUUGAGCCAGUAAUAGAUGAUCGGAGGAGAGACUGGAAUGAUAGACAAAAGGCAUUCAGCCGUUCUCGAUUGUUGGAUGAACAAAGGCAGUCAUACGUUGAAGGGGAUAGGGAUAGGUAUUUCGAAAGGGAUUACAGAGAUUUCCGCGACCUAGCCGAACGGCAACCGGCGAAGUUCAGGCACAGUUACGCCGAACCGAUACCGAGGGGUCGCCUCGGCACUGUCAGACCUUAUUAAAAACGCCAUAAUACUUAGAAUUUUAGAUUUUUCACCUGUUUAAACUUGAAUAAUACAACAACUUGAAUGUUACAACUUUGUGUUUAUUAUAAAUAAAACAUUACUUAUGGUUAGUAAUGCACGGUAAAUGAGGACCUUUAGCUAUGAACCACUUUAAACACUCGUUCGUUUAUAAUUCGAUUCAGAAUUGUAACAUUUAAGAGUUCUUUAAUGACGAUGGUUACUUGGUAAUCAAAGAUCGUUGCGUAUGGGUAUAGAUAGGUAUUUUAACUAACAUAUUUUGUUAUCAUUUUUGUAUAUGUCGCAAUGUACCUAUAAUACUAGUUUUAAACCAACGAUAUUGUUAAUACAAAAUAUUAUGAAAUUCUUCAAAAGAUUAUAAAGUGUAAAUAACAAAACUACUUAAAUAGGUGCGAACAAAAUUAGGUACCUUACUAUUUUAUUUUAUACUUGUAUUUCAAUACUUAAAAGAACUUAUUACGAGUUUAUUAUAUAGAAAAGAUCCACUAGUCCUUUUUAAAUUCAAUAAAAUAUGUCAACAAGCUCUUUUAAUUAAUUUUAUAUGAAUGAAAUGAAACUAUAUAACCCAGAAAUUUUCUAUAUGUACAGCAAAUUAAUAUAUUAUGUAGCCAGUAUAUGAAUUCACGAACUUUAAUAAAUCGGCUCAUAUUAUAUAUGAUUGUAAGAGACGUGAGACUUGUAGAAAAUCAUUUACGAUAAUAUAGAUAAAUACUCAUUAAAUGUCACAGAAAUAUAUUUGUAAAUAUAAAUUAUACAUUAGCCAGCGUUAUCAUUACAUUAAGUUAUAUAUGAUUAUCAACUGAUUAUAUUAUUAAAUCUUACAUUGUUAUAUUUGCACGUUCUUUUAAUUAAAAAUUACAUUUGCAUACUUAUUUUACAUUUUUGUCAAAAAUGUUAAUUUUAAUGUUUGGCAUAUACUCGUAAUUUUCAAAAGAGCUUGUAACAGUGUGAGAACAUUUAUUUCUGUUUCUUUCGAGUGUUUAUUACAGAAAGCUAACUUUUCACUAGCAGACAAUUACUUACCAGUACCUACCUACUUCCUCGUUUCAAGUGCAAAAUAAUUUGACAAUUCCAAACUACUCGAACACGCCUAGCGUAUCAAUUGGCAUUAUCUAUUUUUAAUGUUUUAAUAAAUUUAUAUACACAAAAUUUAUUAUAAUAUAAAUUUUAUAUAUUUUAUUUAAUAAAUUUAUAUAUACAAAAGUAAUUAACUUCACUGCUAACCAACGAGUAUAAAUAUAGUUUUAAUUGCUAGGAUAAUGUGCUGCUCAUUUUAACAGAAAAUGCGAUGUACUUUUGGAAAUAUACCUAACCUAACCUAACUGAAUUUUUCAAAACCCAAUAAAUGCUAUAGAGAUUUCACUUCAACUUGAGAACCUUCUGUCACCUAUUCAUGUCGGUGUGCUAUUGGUGUGCUAAGAUUACAGAGUCUUAUGAAAGAGAUAAAAGCUCGUCUCUGUCACUUUUGAUUGUGCGACAGAGAUGACGCUUUACGAAGCGGAAGCUAGCAGAUAUCUCUUUCUAAAGCACUUGACGUUCUGUAUAAUAUCUAUAAAUCAAAUGAUAAUUUCACCCAGAUUUCAUUCAUACCCCAGUCAAAUAAGGAUUUCACCUCGAAAUGAGAGAUAAUAAACUGUAAACUGUAACACCUUGAUUUCGGUGUUAAAAUAAAUCAAUUGCGAUUACAAAAUUUGAAACUGAUGUAUGUAUUUGAUUCGUAUAUUUGAAUUUAUACAUUUUUUUAACUGAAUAAAGGAACGAUCUAAAACAAAUCUUAUGGUUCACAUAAAUUGUUUUAUGGUUGCCGUCGCAGGAAACCGUGGUUUUUGAUUACGGUAACUGGACCCAUUCGCAACAUUUUUUUUUCUUUUCUAAGGUUUCAAGCGCUUGUUAAAUAUUAUUGACUUCACAUAGUCUAGUGGAAAAUUAGCUUUCAUAAACUCUUGCAAGGGAAUAUUUGUUUUUUUCCGAGAUUCUAUAGUAUGGUUGGUUAAUUAAAAACAGCCCUUAUUACGAAACUUGUUACAUAAUGGUAAUCAUUUUCAAUUCCAAAUCUUAAUAAAAUUAUGUUAAACAUGAUGAUUAUUUAGAAAACUAAUCGAAUUUUAGCUGUCCAUGAUGGAUAUGUGCCAGUAAUAGUAUCUAAAGUUCCAACAAUCUUUACUUUAAAAAGUCAGGAUAUACCUACAUUUUAUUAAAGAUUCCCGCUCCUAAAUACUUUACUUGGGGUCUCUCACCAAAAUAAUAAUAAUAAUAAUAUUUAAUAAUUAGACCUCUAAAGCAUCACCUUUUUCAGUAGUGUGAGUUUUCGCUGCGACGAUUCUAUCACGUUAUAAAUAAAUAAGCAGUGUAUAAAAAUGUUUUAUCAGGUAAAAAACAUGCCUAUAAUUUUUCAAUUACUCUCUCACAUUUUUCAAGUUUCCUGUAGUUCACUAUAACCUUCCUACGAAUAUAUAAAUCGGUCGGGCAUAAGAAUCGUUAUGCUCAAGGAAAUGAAUUGCUAUCACAAGUUUCGUAAUACAGGUGCUUUAUACAGUUAAGUAUGGUGUACCUAAUAUUAUUGUACUACUAUAUGUUGUCCGCCAGUGACAGGUAACGGUAUUGCAAUUCCGUCCUAUAGCGUUCUGACAAUGUAUCUGAGAAAUGUUAAAUAAAUGUUUAUUGAUUAA